AUGUUCUACGGUGCAGAUAUGAAGCUCGGCUUGUACAUGAAGAUCCCACGUCGCACAUUAUUUGUUGCACAGAUAGUUGCCUGUAUAUUGGGUACCUUGACGCAAAACGGCGUUCUGCUCUGGAUGCUCGGUAACGUCGAGGACGUGUGUGCCAGCGACCAAUCGAACAAUUUUACCUGCCCUCAAGGUCGAGUGAACUACAACAGUGCUGUGUUCUGGGGAGCUAUUGGCCCGGCUCGACUGUAUAACAUUGGAAAGCGAUACUCCGGCCUGCUGCACAUGUUCUGGAUCGGGGCAUCGCUGCCGAUCAUCACAUUUUUCCUUCGCAAGAAGUUUCCUAAGAACCGCUUCCUCGAUGCGGUGCACUGGCCCAUCUUCUUUGCCGGGACUGGCAACUUGCCCCCUGCGACCGGAAUCAACUAUACCACUGCGUUCGUGGUCAGCUUUAUCUUCAACAAGCUCAUUAAAGGCCGCAAGCCCAACUGGUGGGCCAAAUACAACUACGUUCUUUCGGCAGCCCUGGAUUCUGGCGUGGCGGUGUCUGCCAUUGUGAUUUUCUUUGCCCUGGUGUUUCCUCAGGUUUCUUUGAGCUGGUGGGGAAACAAUGUGAACAGUGGGACGGUCGACAGCAAGGGGACGCCGUGGUUAGUGCUGGGGAAGAACCAGACCUUCGGCGAGAAAAGCUGGUCGUGA